GUCAUUAGGCAUGAAUGAAGCCUGGUGAGGCUAUUAAAAUCAGACGUGCUCAUGUUGCAAAGCUAACCUACGGAGCCCGUCUUUGUAGGGGACCAUAUUAUUGUGCCUUCAUCUCAAAAGCUGGAUUCAACAUCAUUACUGGCAAUAGUUGGCUGACCAUCCUUGGAUGCACAAACAUGGACUUGCUGCUCAUAGUUGCUUUACUCCUAAUGCAAAUGGGGAUUUGGAGCAGAGCUGAAAAAGACUUUUCAUCAGUCACUUUACCAGGAUUGCAGGCAACUUCAGAUUAUGUUACUCAGUGCUUUGACAAAAGCCAUGGGGCUGUGGUUUGUGACUGGACAAAAAGCCAGAAAUCUGCUCUAACGGGUGCUAUGGUGAAUAUUUUGGAAAGUCCUUUACUGGGCAUUGAGGGAAAGGCUUGUUUGGAGUUCUGGUUCCUGGUUCCAGUUGCAGCUACUGGGUCUGAGGUUACAGUUCAGCUUAAAAGUAAUAGUAGUUUGGAGAAAAUCUGGGUCUCUCCUGUCCUGCGUAGAAAUGCAUGGAGACAAAUUUUGCUGAACUUGAAUGUCACUGAACAAGACACCCAGGUUUUAUUUGAAGCCAUCCAACCAGUCGCUCUACAGGAUCAAACUACUUUAAGACAAAUAGGGGUGAAAAAAGGUUCAUGCGGAAACCAGUGUGACUCGGACACAGACUUCUGGCCUGAUGACGCUACUCGUUGCCUGUGUUCAGUUGGCAUGCUCUUGUGCUUUCCAUCAAACUGCCCAAAAGACCAAAUCUGUGGUUCCAAUAAGUUUUCCACAUCAGGGAUUUGCACCAUCCGGGAUCACACGGAGUACAGCACCUUUGAUGGCGUUCAGUUCCAGUCCAUGGCUCCCUGCAGCUAUGUGCUGACAAAGUCUUGCACGGAAGUCAUGGAAAAGUUCAGUGUUGAGGUGGUUAAUGAGCAGGGUGGCAAUUCAUCAAUAACCAUGGUCAAAGGGAUUACUAUGACUUUAGGGAACAUCAUGGUGUCUCUGAUAGAAAAGCAAAGAGACAAAGUUGUGGUGAAUGGUGUCUGGAAGAGCCUUCCCUUCAGCAUCAACACUAGUAUUGAUGUUCAAAUCCAAAGCAACUCUGCUGCAACACUACUGGAAGCAGGUUUUGGUCUGUCUGUUUCCUAUGACCAUGCUGGAGCAAUCAGUGUUAUCCUGCCGUCAAACUUCUCUAAUGAAGUGUGUGGAUUGUGUGGCAACUUCAACCAUAUCCACAGAGAUGACUUUCUCAUGGCUAAUGGUACAAUGGCAGAAAAUGUCACGGCUUUAGCUGAGAGUUGGCAAACUGAGACAACUAGCACUUCCUGUAAAAGUGCUUUGGUGUCUCCAAAGUGUGACCCACUGGAUGAGGAAGAAUAUGCCAGUGAAAUGUACUGUGGACUACUUCUCUCUGGUAGUGGGCCUUUUGCCAACUGUACAUCCGUUGUUAAAGUCGAGAGCUAUUUCAAGGCCUGUGUCUCAGACAUGUGCUCUGCUCAUGGUGAUCAAGCAGAGCUGUGUAAGACAUUACAGCUCUAUGCCAGUGUUUGCCAGGAUGCUGGAGCUGCUCUGCCCAUGUGGAGGAACUCAAUGUUUUGUCCUCUGAUGUGUGGCAAUAACAGCCACUACAAUGCCUGUGCUGAUGGCUGUCCAAAGGCAUGCUUCAGUCAGAACAAAACUAGCUGUGGAAGCUGUGAGCAAAGGUGCGAGUGUGAUGCUGGAUUCAAACUUGGCAGGAAUAAGUGCAUAACAGCAGAAGACUGUGGAUGCCUAUAUGAUGGAAAAUACUAUGAGAAAGGAGAGCAGUUUGUGAGGGAUGACUGCAUUCAACAAUGCCAAUGCAUGGGUAAUGACCUCCUGGAAUGCACAAAGCUGCAGUGUUCCAACAACAAAGUAUGUAAAGAAAUGGACGGAGUCAGAGGCUGCUUCCCUUUUAAACCAGCUACAUGCAGUGUGUAUGGGGAUCUCCAUUACAUCACCUUUGACAACUUGGCCUACAACUUUCAAGGGGGCUGCAGUUACAUACUGACCACAUCAUGCGGUGAUGCACAAUCAUUGAACUUUACAGUUAUUGGACACAAUAUGCAUCCUCCCCUUCAAAACGUCACCAGGUCAAAACUUAACAGUGCCUCUCUUGAAGUUGAUGAUCUGAGGUGUACCUUGACUCAAAGUGGAGAAGUCUACGUACAUGAGAACCUUAUCAGACUUCCACACUCUGUCAGCGGUACAUAUGGAGCAGUGUGGAUCUAUGCAGAGGAAAAUUACAUAAUCUUGAAGGCAUCCUUCGGCUUAAAAGUCAUUCUUGAUGGACAGGGCAGACUAUUCCUGCAGGUGGAUGAGCAAUACAAGUAUAAUCUCUGUGGACUGUGUGGAACUUACUCUGGGUUCCAAGGUGAUGACUACUACAUGCCAGGGGAGCAUGUUGCCAAUGAGACAUCUGAAUUUGGAAACAGUUGGAGAGUGCAAAAUGAGUGCAUUACGGAGGAAACUUACCCCAGACAAUGUGACAGUGAGACCAUUGCCAACAUGGAGUGUUCCAUGCUGUUUAAGGAUGAAUUUUCUGCUUGCCAGGAGCAUGUCCAUCCAAGUAUCUACCUCAAUAGUUGUGUUUAUGACUACUGUGCCACCAGUGGUGAUCAGCACACACUAUGUGACUCUCUGAAGUCUUAUGAAUCAGCAUGCCAGAUUGCAGGAGUGACUCUUCCAAACUGGGAGCCUGGAACAGCCUGUGCGCAACGCCUACUUCCAACAUCGACCCCUUCACCUUCAAGUCCAGAACAGACUUUCUGUCCUAUGGAUUGUAACUUUGAUGAAAAUCUUUGUGGAUGGGAGCAAGUAAUUAAGGACAGUUGUGACUGGACCAGAUAUUCUGGCCCAACGCCUUCAAAUCUAACUGGGCCAAACCAAGAUCAUACUUCUGGAGAUGGCUUCUACUUGCACCUUGAGAGUAAUGGGGUCUCCCACGGCAACUCUGCAAGUUUGCAGAGCUCGUUGUGCUCCUAUAGUGGUCCCCUCUGCUUGCAUUUUUGGUACUACUUGUAUGGCUCCGCUGUUGGUAUGACCCUUAACAUCUUCCUGCUCAAAGACAACAAAGCUGUCAAGCUUUGGUCUGUGGUUAACAACCAGGGCCCAAAAUGGCAUCUGGCAAGUGUUGAUCUCAGGGUUUCUGGUUCUUUUCAAAUCAUUAUUGAAGGUGUGAGAGGCGCUUCUGAUCAGUCGGAUGUGGCACUGGAUGACAUCUCUACCAGUCUUGGCACUUGCUCAGAAGUUGUCUCAAGGUUUACAGAUGAAACUGUUCAAACUACAGAAAUUAUACCAUCUCCAGUCUGCAGUGUCAACUGUAGCUUUGAUGGCAGUCUAUGUAGUUGGAAUAAGAUGGCCACAGAUGCUCUUGACUGGAUAUGGAACAGUUACACACCAACUCCGAUUUCCGACAGCACUUCUGGCCCCACAAAUGGUGGAAGUUAUCUCUGCAUUGAGGCUAAAGGCAUGGUACAAGGCAAUACAGCUCGCCUUAUUAGUCCAGAGUGUUCUGCCAUUGGUCCUCACUGCCUACAGUUUUGGUACCACAUGCAUGGCCCAAGUGAUCAUAUGGGCCUUGAUGUUUAUUUGCUUCAGAACCAAGCAACUGAGAUUGUAUGGUGGAAAAGACAUGACCAAGGCAAUGUGUGGCACUUGGCUCUGGUGGACUUCUAUGCAACAACAAUGUUCCAGAUACUCAUUAAAGGGCAAAGGGAAUCCAAUGAUCAGUCUGUUGUGGCAAUAGAUGAAAUGAAGCUUCUUCACCUUCCAUGCUCUGAUGUGAGGAUGGCGAAUGAGGUCCUUCCUUCAAGAUACUUUAAUCCAGCAGAUCUACAGAGUGCCCCUCCACAAACUCUUUCUCCAAUAAACAAAUCUCCUACAAAGGAAGUGAUCACACAGCCAGCUGAUGGAUGUCAGAUGAACUGUAACUUUGAAGAAGAUUUAUGCCAGUGGACUCAACAGCUUGACGUGUUUGAUUGGAAAAGGCACAGUGGCCCCACACAAAGUACCAUCUCUGCUUCCUCUAACUCAAAACAAGGUGGCCACUACAUUUACAUUGAAGCAAAGAGUGUGCCGUUUGGAGAAACGGCUCGUCUUAUUAGUUCUGAAUGUUCUGCCGCUGGACCUCAUUGUUUGCAAUUCUGGUACCUCAUGGACGAUUCAGCAGGGGAAGUUGGCCUUGACGUAUACUUGCUCAACGAUGGAAACACUGAUUCAUUAUGGAGGAAGAGGGAGGGACAAGGCAUUGUAUGGAAUCUAGCUCAAGUGAACUUUGUAACAACCGGAACAUUUCAGGUGAUCUUUGAAGGGAGAGGUUCAGAUCAGUCAGUGGCUAUUGAUGACAUCUCACUCCAUAGAGGAUUCUGUGCAGGUUCUGGGCCAUCUCAAGGAAGCAUUGCUGGGAUACCAAAAAUGGCUACUUCAAAAACACUCCAAAAUUCUGCUGUGAUGCUUGGAACAUCCAAAACUGCAACCCAUCAAUACCAACUUCAGCAAACACAGCUACAAGUAACGCCAAGACCACAAGUUGCACAGAGGCAACCUCCAACAUCAAGGUGUAAUGAAACAACAGUCCCACAUCAACCUGCCACUGAACCAAAGUAUAGACCUGAAACUACUGUUAAACAACCUUUAACCACAAAGGGCAAUGCAACAAUAGCCCAACAGCAACUUUCAACGCCUACACCUGAAUCUACACCCAAAACCAAUGUUCUAAAAAACCAGACUUACCAUAGCAAUGUAACAGCAGCCCCACAAGCACCUUCAACUGCAGCACCAGAAGUUGCAACAAGAACUGUGACCACAGGGGGUAAUCCACUGCAACCUACAACUGCUACGCCUGAAUCUACACCUCACAUAUCAGUUAAACAACCUCUGACCAAUCGUAGCAAUACACCAGCUGGUCCCCAAUUGCCUUCAACUGCUGCACCAGAAGUUUCAACAAGAACUGUUCCACAGACUGUGACCACAGGGGAUAAUCCAACAGCAAUUCCACUGCAACCUACAACUGCCAUGCCAGAAUCUACACCUCACAUAUCAGUUAAACAACCUCUGACCAAUCGUAGCAAUACACCAGCUGGUCCCCAAUUGCCUUCAACUGCUGCACCAGAAGUUUCAACAAGAACUGUUCCACAGACUGUGACCACAGGGGAUAAUCCAACAGCAAUUCCACUGCAACCUACAACUGCCAUGCCAGAAUCUACACCUCACAUAUCAGUUAAACAACCUCUGACCAAUCGUAGCAAUACACCAGCUGGUCCCCAAUUCCCUUCAACUGCUGCACCAGAAGUUUCAACAAGAACUGUUCCACAGACUGUGACCACAGGGGAUAAUCCAACAGCAAUUCCACUGCAACCUACAACUGCCAUGCCAGAAUCUACACCUCACAUAUCAGUUAAACAACCUCUGACCAAUCGUAGCAAUACACCAGCUGGUCCCCAAUUCCCUUCAACUGCUGCACCAGAAGCUACAAAUCUUCCUAAAAUUACAGCUGGAAAGUUAACUGUAACAACUGGGAAUAAUGCAACAAUGGGCCCACAGCAACUUACAACUUCUGCAUCUGGUUCCACAAUUGGCACUCUUCCUCAGACCACAGCUAGACCAAAAUCUGUAUUUACAAAGGGAAGUGCAACAGAAAACUCAAAUAUUCAUACAACUUCUACACCGGACUCUUCAACUGUAAUGGGAACCACGGCUAGUCCAAAACUUCUCAAUCCUACAGCAACUCGGCCAGAAUUCACAACUGCAACUCAACUUAAAAAUGCAACUGUUCCACAACCUCUACCCACACAAGGCAAUGGGAUGGUGACUACUCAGCAUCCUGUUGUAUUAAAAUCAACCAUUGGAACCAAAUCUCCAACCAGCUCUAAAUCGCAAACUACAGAGGCCUCGCAACAGUUUACAACUGCCAAACCAAAAUCUACUGUUGGAACCCAACCUCAAACCAGAUCUGGGCCACAGUCUGCAACAGCAGCACCACAGCUGUCUACAGCAAAACCAGAAUCCACAAGUGUUCAAUCUCCAUUUACAGGCAAACUACAACCUGGGACCACAAGGCCACAAACUGCAACAACUGUCCCACAGUUCUCAAUGACAAAACCACAAUCUACAACUUCACCGCUGAUCACUGAGCCAAAACCUGUGACUGCAAAGAGCAAUACAGUUUCUCAGGAGCAUACUGCAAUACCUGCACAGACGUUCUCAACUGAAACUACAACCAGGCCACAACUUCCAGUCGUGCACAGUAAUGAAACCACCCCACAGCUACACUCUACAACACCAGCUGCUGCUGUGUUUAAACCAGUAACUGCAAAGGUUAAUGAAACUGUGACCCCACAUCUACCAGCAAACACUACACCUAAACCUCAACUUCAAACCAUGUUUAGACCUCAAAGUAAAACCACCCAACAAAUCUCAAAAGCACCAACUUGUGCAAAGAACAGUCAUUACACUACUUGCAUCCCUCCAUGUAAUCCAACUUGCACACAUCUCAAUGGCUCACCAGGCUGCAAGGAAAAGAAAUGCACCUCAGGAUGUGUCUGUAAUGAUGGUUUUGUACAGAAUGAAAGGAGUUGUGUUCCUGUACAAAAGUGUGGAUGUCAGGACACAAAUGGCUUCAGACACAAUUUCAAUGAAGUGUGGUAUACCAAUCACUGCAGUCAGAAAUGUGAAUGUGAAGAGGAGGAUGGUACUGGGAAAGUGGUUUGUGAUGAUGAGGAAUGUGAGGAUGCGGUUUGCCUUCCAAAUGAAAUGGGCUAUUUCUGCCAGUCUACAGGUUUUAGUGAGUGCACCAUUCAGGGAGAUCCUGAGUACAGGACAUUUGAUGGAAUGAAGCAUGGGUUUGAGGGGAAACGCUCUUAUGUGCUUGUUAGGACAAAAAACCUGCCUAAAAACAUUCCACAGAUCUAUAUUGAGAUGAUAAAUGCAUGCACUAUUGAUAGUCAAAGUGACGAAGAUGAUGGUAGUGAAGAAGACAGCAGUAGUGACGAUGACUCUGAGCUUCAGAAGAUGCAACAGGUCAAAAUUCAAGUGUACAAUCACACUGUGGAGCUGAAGAAAAAUCGACAGAUACUUGUGGAUGGAAAUGGGGCUAAAACUCCUGUAUCACCAACAAGUGGUCUCACAAUCCAGGAGCGUUCUUCUCGAGUCUACUUAAAGACAGACUUUGGCCUUUCAGUGGAAUUUAAUGGACACUGCAAAACAGAAAUUAUUUUGCCAACCAUAUACCGAAAAAAGGUUGAGGGGCUGUGUGGAAACUUUGAUGGCCGAAAAUGGAAUGACAAGGUAAAGCCGGAUGGGUCUACAGCAAAAAGCAUUGACGAGUUUGGUGAAAGCUGGAGAGUGUCGGAUUUAGGAUAAAAUGCAGCAUGUAUCACAUUUCUUGCCAGGAGUUUCAUGACUGUUUACAAAAUGCUUGUUCUGAUAACUAAAUCUCGUGCUGGAAUCUUAGUUGUGAAGCAUAGCUGGUAAGGCUCUUCUGCCAGUUUUCACUUCCUGUUAAUGUCACAGUAAGAUUUGCAUUAAACCCAUGGGUUUUUCUUUUCCAACAGGUGUUUAAAGUCUUUGUCUUUAAAGUUCCUCAAAUUAAUUUGUGCUAGCUUGAGUAACUGUCAAAUUGUUCCAACAAUCGAGAACUUGUAUAGUUGGAUCUUGUGUACAAAGAUUUUUUUAAUUUUUGUAAAUGUACUGUGACUAACAAAUGCAUGUUGUUGAAAUGGAAAUAAAAUCGAAAGAAAUCAG